AUGGAUACCGAUAAUACAAGCAAAGAUGAAGAAAUGGACACAGAUGAACCCAUGUCUUUGACAGACGCUGCUAGCCAAGGCGACAUAGCCACUGUUCAAUCAUUGCUCGAAGCAUCUUGUGACGUCAACGCCAAAAAUAGCUCAGGAUGGAGCCCAGUAAUGCUAGCGGCAUCAAACGGGCAUUAUAACACUGUAAAGCUGUUAAUAAAGCAUAACGCGGAGAUCUUAGAUGUCUAUAAAGAUGGAAGUGAUGCUUUACUUAUAGCAUCCAGUAAAGGACACGCUAGAAUCGUUGCUCUACUCUUAGAAUAUAAUGCAGAUGUUUCUCUGCGAAACAAAUUUGGGUAUAAUGCCAUAAUGGCGGCGUCGCUUAAUGGAGAUAUGGCUACUGUUAACACUUUGAUUCCUUACUGUAAAGAUUUCAGCACAAAAACCAAUAAUGGUCGGAAUGCUUUAAUGCUCGCAUCUACAAAAGGUCAUUAUUGUGCUUGUGAAGUACUGUUGAAAAGAACACCAAACUUAACUGAGAAAGAUAGAAAAGGAAAUAACGCCUUAUGCCUAGCAGCAAUGAAUGGGUAUACAAAGGUGGUGGAGCUUCUUAUGGAUGAUUCCGUGGACAUAAAUACAAAAAAUAAUUUGGGAAGAACUGCCCUCAUGGAGGCAUCCUUGAAUGGAUGGACUGAAACUGUCGAAUUUUUGUUAGAACACAAUGCUAACAUCAAUCUUGUAGAUAAAGAUGGCUUUAAUGCUUUGAUGCUUGCUUGUUCUAAAGGUCAUAUUGAUACUGUGAAGUUGCUUUUGAGAAAAAAUUCGGAUAGGACAGCAGUGAAUGAUUUAGGCAACAAUUUUUUAAUCAUCGCUUCCAAACAAGGACAUGCUAAAAUAGUUAAUUUGCUCUUGUCGGAAGGUCUGGACUCUGGACAUGUGAACAAGAUGGGACGUAACUCUUUAAUAGAAGCGGCACGAUUUGGACAUGAAGACGUUGUGAAAAAAAUACUUACCAGAACACGUGACUUGAACUAUAGAGAUAACAAUGGCUGGACUGCUUUAAUGUGGGCCGCCUUCGAAGGACAUGCGUCCAUCACACGGGUUCUAUUAAAAGGGAAAGCUAACAUGGAGCAAGUUAAUAACGAAGGCUCGAAUGCAUUUAUAUUAGCUGCAAAUAACGGAAGUACUCAGGUAAUCCCUCUCAUUUUUCAGGAAAAUGAAGACGUCUUAGAAACAAAAAAUGAAUUUGGACGGACUGCUUUAAUGGAAGCUGCUUUUUGCGGGCGACUCGAAGCAGUCCAGUACCUUUUAAAUGUAAAUGCUGAUAUACACGUGACAGAAAACAAAGGUUGGAACUCUUUAAUGUUAGCUGCCUCAAAAGGACAUUAUGAAAUAGUAGAAUUACUUUUACAACGUAAUAUAGACAAGAGUGCUGUAAAUAACAUGGGCGACAAUGCUUGUAUCAUUGCAUCGAAGGCUGGUCAUACACGAGUGGUUGAGCUACUACUAGAAAACUCAGCGGAUAUCGCUGCCGUCAACAAUCUUGGCAGGACAGCUUUGAUGGAGGCGGCAUACAAUGGACAAACCGAAACCGCUGAAUUCUUAAUUUCCAAAAAUGCUGAUUUAAAUUGCAAAGAUAAGGAUGGAAACAACGCACUUAUGUUGUCAGCCUCAAAAGGACACGCAUCAACUGUAAAACGGUUGCUGCACCAUUUUGACGACGCAGAAGACGCUUUGAAGUUAGCUAUUAAAGGAAGGCAUAGCGAUGUGAUGAAAAUUAUCUUGAAAAUGUUAAUAUUUUCUAGCAGCAACAUAUUGUCUGUUUUGAAACAAUUCUCCUUUGAAAUUCAAUUGGACUUAUUUUUUCUUUUUGAAUUCGACAAAAAUGUUCCUAUUUGUAAGUAG